CAGUCAGCGUACCCUGCCCAGGUCGCAGUGACAGGACCAGCAGAUAGAUAUCAAGAGAGGGAGAGGGAGUGACAGAGACAGAGAGAUGCUGUAUGUUCUAUGUCUGUGUUCUAUGCCUAGAGGUGUACCUAUCCUUGCAUGUGUGUCCCGAGUAGGUAACUCUACUUUGUACGGAGGCCGUUUACUACCCCGCCCGCAGUCAGGUUUUUUAUCGAUAAGACUAGCGGCGUUGUGGUCUGUGCCUGAAUCUGUUUGGACUUCAAUUUGAACUUUGCCUCAGCUCCUCCCAUCCCAUCUCACCUCACCUCGCCUCACCUCACCUCGCCCACCCACCUAUGGACGGACUGCUCUACACCUCCCUCUACACCUCCUUUCGGACAACUCCCAUGCUGCACAUCUGCAAGUAAAGUAUGCCUCGCGGGAAGAAGGCGGCACACCGGGCCAGGUUCCAACAGCCUCGCUAUGGAUCAGGUGCAUCCAGCCGUGAAACCUCGUUUGUCUCUUCCCCUGCUACAGGUGCUUCCUCACGUAGGGGCGAACACAAGGGGCUCACAUUGCAAGAAGAGGCUCGAAACACUGAGCGGCACCAUUCAUUUUGGGAAUCCGAUCAAAAAUUGAGGCAUGCGAAGGUCAACUUUGUCAGCGCAGGGCGGCUGGAUCCACUCCGGCCCCAACCCAAAGACCCGGAAUCUGCUCUGGCAGGAAUGACUCUAGACUCGCCUUCAGGUGAAGAGCUGGAAGUAGAGGUCGAGGUGGAAGAAGAGUUGGAGAAACGGAAUACAGGAACUCACUCCACUGACUUGGUUAAUGAACGGAAUCCACUGUACAUUGUUGAUACAGUCGGGAGCGAGCCCGUACCCACUGGGUUACCCCCCCCUCAGCUCCCGCUCCGUCCACCAUCCCCGACACCAUCUAAUUCUAGUGAGGAAGUAAUACUGUUCGGGGGACGCAACAGUCAGGGCGAGGUCAUUUCCAGGGCUAGGAAACCUCCUAAAAUACCUACUGAUGCAAUUGACGCAAAGAUCAAGUUAGUUGAGGACAGAAUCCAUGAACAGGAAGAGCUACUUGAUGAAGCUAUUCGAUGUAAAGGAGUUGCCUCAAAGUCCUCACGGGAGUCCGCUGAUUCCUCGCCUGGCGAGUUUGAUGCCAUACUACCUAAGCGUGGAAAUCGACGUAACCGCCGACGCGAUCGCCAUGGUCCUCGUGCAGGUCUCAGCAAGGCCGAAGAAGAUGCGCUGGUCGCCGAUUACAUCGCGAACAUCGAAGGUGGAGGAGAUUCUCUGCUUCAAAAUGCUUCAUUUAAUCAACGCGAAUUAGGUGGUAGUGAAGAUGGUGGGCAGGACGAGACAGAGUCGUCCAGAGAGCCAAAUUUCCCUUCAAAAGCUGGUUUAGACAGCGGUUGGGACCGUUCAGAUAUGUGCGAUUUUGACGAUUUAAGCACAUCUGAUGGGGCAAUAGGAGAAGUCCAAGCCAUCGUUUCCAAGAGGGACCGCAAGAGUGGAGUGCAAUACCUUGUUGUCUGGCAGGGUCAAACUGUCGACGAGGCAAGAUGGGUUCCUGCUAGUGCUUUAACGGGUGCCGCUGCAUUAUCCUGUAUUAAUGAAUUCGAGGCCGAAGAAAAGCUUGUUGCUGAGUUCCAGGACAAUGGGGAGGAAGAUUCUGAUGAUUCAGAAGAUACAGAUGUCGAUGAUGCACUGGAAGAGGAAGAUGAUCAGGAUCUCCUGCAGAGAAAGAUAGAUCGUAUGACAGAUGAGCAGAUCGCAAGAUUGCUGGCCAAGCAAGAGGAGCUCGGUAUGGGAUCAGACGAGUUGCUGCUCUUUGACGAUGCAGCCGAUGCCGAUGAAGAUGAAGAUAUCCCUUCUAUAACAGCUCGAUUCAAUCCCGCCAUGCUUCCAAACAGAUCUCGAACAAAGGAUCGUGGUACCAAACCACCUCGAGGCGAAUUCCCCGCAGCAACCGCCCUAGCUGACGCGUAUGAUGGAUUCGAUGUUAUGGACUUUGACCGUCCAAGCCUCAAAAGAAAACCCAAAGGUCGCAAAGGCAAGCUUGUCGUUGAUCUUUCAGACUCCGAGCUCGAGAUAUCGAUGCAAAAGACGUAUGAGAAUGAUCGGGUCAAGAAAAAAGAGAGAAAACAAGAGCGUGAGGAGUUACGGGCUCAAGGAUUACUGGGAAGUAAAAAUGGCAAACCUGACCUAAAGAAGAAGUAUCAAGAGGGAAUGAGUAUUCGCGAAAUCAAGGAAGAGAUCAGAGCAUUUUUGAUGGGAAAGAAUACCACACUCGCGCUUCCCCCAAUGGACAAAGCAAACCGAAAAAUAGUCCACGAGAUUGCCAAUGCUUUCAACUUAAAGUCCAAGUCUGCUGGGACGGGCACUAAACGAUUCCCAGUCCUCUACCGCACCUCACGAACGUCAGCUUAUGUUGAACGUACAUUUGAUGCUCUCGAAGCAAGACUCACGCGUCGUUUCUUCCCUCGCAUGGAUGUGAGCGGUAAGAGAUACAGUGCUGGGUCCAAGCAUUCUGGCCGUGGAGGAGGUGGUUUCAGCAGCGCCGGUGUCAGCUAUAGAGAUGGUGACAUCGUUGGUGGAUCGGCACCAGAGCUUGGAGUUGAUAACAAGGGUAGAGCUAUGCUUGAGAAGAUGGGUUGGAGCACUGGCACAGCUCUCGGUGCACUCAACAACAAGGGAAUCUUGCAACCUGUUUCCCAUGUUGUCAAGACUACGAAGGCCGGUCUUGGAUAAAAAUCCCUUGACGCUGUCGGGAGUAAUAUCUUUGUCCACUUGAGCUUUGUAUGACGUUUCAACCAGCGAAAAUGGGAUGAGGACGGCGGACCGAUUAUCCCUACUGUAUGUAACCUAGAUGCAUUUAACCAGCUCCCUCAAUCAAUCCAAGAGACUUGUUGCGGAGAAUGCGACAACAUCAAGCCUUGACCUGAAAAUGCUUGCGAAAAAUACAUUGCGACAGAAAUCAACUGCAUGGACAGCAGAUUCUCGACUCGCUCCGCCUUCGUGCUUCUUUUGGUAGGAGCGCCCAAAUUAAAUUUGGGUCGCCUCUUCCAAUUCCGAUGGUUGGAUCAAGGUCCCAACCGCGCGCCUUAUCACUGUCUGCAAAUGAAGCCCAAAAUCGAAUUUCAAAUGUUGUCUUCUGAAUUCCCCUAUUCUGAAGACGCUUAUUGUACAGCCACGUACCCCGAAAGCAGACCG